GCACAGACAGCUCUGGCUCAACGCCAUAUCGGCUCACCAUGGACCGCUCAACAAACCAUGACGUACCGACCUACCACGAUGACGACGCCCCAUACCCCGAUAUCAUGAAAACCUCCAGCAAUGAUUCCUCCGACACCAUCGAUGACCUCGACUCGCUGGAGCUCAACCGCAUCAACACCUAUCGCCUGCAACAGAAGACAACAGUAGGGUCGACCCGAGGCCCUCUUCCGCGCGACCAAUGGCUUCCUAUGGGGGCUGGAAAGGAAUACCCCCCUCUGCUGCCCGCCCCGGAGACAUACGUGGUGGAAUUCGACGGAUCGGACGACCCAAUGCACCCGUACAACUGGUCGAUACUGAGGAGAACAUUCCUUGUCGGUGUCCUAUGCUAUGGCACCUUCGUAGCGUCGUUCGCUAGUGCCGUCUUCUCGGCCGCCAUCGGUGCCGUCAGCCAGGAAUUCAAUGUAAGCUCCGAGGUGGGCUCGCUCGGAGUCACCCUGUAUGUUCUCGGGUUUGCCGCCGGCCCGACGAUGUGGGCGCCGGCGUCUGAGUUGAUCGGACGGCGCUGGCCGCUGUCCAUCGGGCUAUUCGGAUGCGGCAUCUUCACGGUGGCCUGCGCGACGGCCAAGGAUAUCCAGACGAUCAUGAUCUGUCGGUUCUUCGGGGGCUUCUUUGCCGCCAGCCCCGUGUCGAUCGUGCCGGCUGUGUUUGCGGAUUUGUUCAACAAUGCGCAGCGAGGAGCUGUCAUGUCCAUCUUCUGCAUGGCGGUGUUUAUCGGCCCGUUUGCUGCCCCGUUCGUCGGGGGUUUCAUCGCCAUUAGCGAUCUGGGCUGGCGCUGGACCAUGUAUAUCUCUGCGAUUAUGAUCUUCUCAGGAUUCGUACUUGUGCUGUUCUUCCUGGAUGAGUCCUACGCCCCCGUGAUCUUGGUUCGGAAGGCCGCGAUCAUUCGCCGCCAGACGCAUAAUUGGGGGAUUCACGCUAAGCAGGACGAAGUCGAGGUGGACUUUAAGGAGCUUCUGCGCAACAACUUCAUGCGGCCGAUCAAGAUGCUGAUCUCCGAGCCUAUUCUCCUGCUCAUCUCACUUUACAUCUCCUUCAUCUACGGCCUGAUGUAUGCCCUCCUCGGCGCCUACCCCGUCGUCUUCCAGGGUGUGUACGGCAUGAACAUGGGCGUGGGCGGACUCGCCUUUAUCGGUCUUAUUAUCGGAGAACUAGUCGGCGGUGUCUACAUCCUGAUCUUGCAGAGCUCCUACGCCCGCAAACUCGCGGCGAACGGCGAUAAGCCGAUCCCUGAAUGGCGUCUGCCACCGGCUAUUGUGGGUGCUGUGGCGUUUACCGGCGGAAUGUUUGGCUGGACCGGGUACAGGGAAUCUCUUCACUGGAUGGCCCCCGUUGCGUCCGGUGUUCUGACCGGAUUCGGCAUCUUUUGCAUCUUCCUGCAGUGCUUCAACUAUAUCGUGGACUGCUAUCCGACUCUGGCCGCGUCCACCAUCGCUGCAAACACUAUCCUUCGGUCCGCUGUCGGAUGCGCAUUCCCCCUCUUCUCCAGACAGAUGAUGGAGAACCUCGGUGUCCAGUGGGCAGGGACCAUGCUCGGGUGUAUUGCCGCCGUGAUGAUUCCUAUCCCUGUCAUUUUCAAAGCCUACGGGCCUUGGCUCCGCACGAAGAGCAAACUGGCGACCUCGCCGGUUUACGAUGUUGAGAAGAAGCCGUUUGAUGUUUGA